UCCGAAGAACGUCUCCAGAACUACCAAUUCCUUACAAACAAUCUUAAGUCGUGAUGUUGUUCACCUUGCCAUGGCUUCCACAAAUCUGCCAUUGGAUGGGCGUUUCAACACAAGCAGAGGUGAACAGAACAUAGGCAUACCACCAACACAGAUCGCACCCAGGCCAACGGAAUUUGGUAUCCUGACGCUAGAGAAAGUAAGAAAAGCGGCCAUGAGGCACAUUGAUUUACGGAAGCACGUUGCUAUCUUCUCCAAUUACGAAGAUGAUAUUGCGAGAUGCGGGGCAAGUACAAACCAACAUAAAACCUCCACACAUCCAUCCGAAUGCUACGGAACGCCGGCUAUCACACGUAACUACAGCACAUGCGCACUGGUUGGGAACGGAGGGAUAUUACUGAACAGUAGCUGCGGUGAAGCGGUCGACUCACACGACUUCGUGAUCCGGUUAAACCUUCCGCCUGUCCAGUCAUUUGAAAGGGACGUUGGAAGUAGAACUGAUCUUGUUUCCAUAAACAAUAAGGUCUUGAUAGACAUUGGGUCGCUGCUCAUUUCGUCCACUGGCAGGACAGAAGUCUUGAAAAUGUUGAAUCAGGUACAAAACAGUAUCUUACUAUACGCCAAGGGUUUUGAAAAACAUGGAAAAGGUGCAUACAAUAUUACAACCUUGGAAGCCAUUCAAUCUGUGGAUAACUUCAUCGAAAGCAAUGGAUUGCAAAUAAGGACGGCCUAUGGGCUUUCCGAUGACGUGCAGGCAGCUUCGAAAAGGGUCAUCUCCCGUCUACGAGAAACCGUACGGCAUCCCACCACCGGCUUUCUCAAUUACUUCCUCUCCCUCGCCUUCUGUGACCACGUGACUGUGUACGGAUUCUGGCCUUUCGCCAUGACUCCUGACCACCGGCCCCUCCCCUACCAUUACUUUGACAACGAGACAUUUCCGAUUAAUCACAAUAUCAUUGACGAGCAGGUGUUCUUAAGGGACUUGAACGAGACAGGUUGUUUGACACUUGUGAGAGAUUGUUUGUGAGGGUGUUAUUCCUCCUUCUCCGUUGAACUAGGAGUUUUGAAACAAAGCAUAACGUUCACGCUUUUUUUAUUACCUAACACUGCAAUUAGGCUUUGCUACAGUUCACUUUUAUAGCAUUUUGAAUCUGAAGCAGCUUUGUAUUGAUACUUUGUGCAAUAAAGGCCAUACCUAGGUCA